CUCUGUUUACGCACAUAACCAUUUGAAGCGUAACUCAAGGCGGCACACUCUCUUUCUUUGUCCCUUUAUCCUCUCAUUUCAACGAGUUCAAUUUAGAGAGAGCAAAAAAAAUGUUUGGUGGUAAAUGUGAGAAAAUGGUAGCAGUCACCCCUCAAACAGCGUCUAACAAAUGGACACAGACACAACAGAUAGAUGAUCACAAGGCCCCUAUGGGAAGAAUCAUGGAAAAACCAAGCCAAGAUCUUCUUCAGCAGCAGCAACAAGCCCUAAAGUGCCCUCGCUGCGACUCUUCAAACACCAAGUUCUGCUACUAUAACAACUAUAGUUUGUCACAGCCUAGGCAUUUUUGCAAAGCUUGCAAGCGUUACUGGACAAGAGGUGGCACUCUCAGAAACGUUCCUGUUGGUGGUGGCUGCAGAAAAAACAAGCGUAUGAAGCGUCCAACAAACGGUGAUUCUUCUUCUGCUAACUCUCCUUCUUCGUCCACUCCUAGCGCCAGUUCAAACCCUCCUUCGCAGCCCCACAUCGAUAAUAUUAUUGUUUCUGGCUCCGCCACAAACCAUAUAAAUAAUAUCAACCCUUUGUUUUAUGGUGGUGAUGUGAUGAAUAAUGUUCCUUUCCCAAAGUUUAAUCUUCUUCAGUCUCAGCUGAAUGCUCUUGGGUUAGGUUUUUCAUCUGGGGUUAGAGAGAAUGGGUUUAGCACUACUUCAAAUAACAACUUUUUUUCUGCUUAUAACUCUAUCUUUGGUUCUUCUUCUUCCUCAACUUGUGCACCCUCAACUCCUGUUAUGGCUUCCUUGCUGAGUUCCACUCUUCUGCAACAAAAUUUUAUGGGUGGUGGUGGUGGUGGGGUGAAGGGUCGUGAUCAUGAUCAAGGUGACAAUACUUUCCAUGGCUUGGCACCGCUACAAGGGUUGCGAGUGGAAGGGGAUAGUAAUAAUAAUAUUGGCUCAAAAGAAGUGAAAGGUGAAGGACAAAACAGGUUUGAGUGGAGCAAUAAUAAUAACAACAACAACAACAAUGGUGGUGGUGGUCAAAACCAGAUGGAGCAUGUGGGUUUGUCUGAUCCUAAUUCGCUUUAUUGGAACACUGCAACGGGUUUGGGUGCUUGGAGUGAUCAACCUAACAUUGGUCCUUCAGUCACUUCUCUGAUCUAGAAUAAAAGAUGAAGCAUCUUUUUCAAAAAGCUAUAUAUGAAGAAGAAAGUACUCUCUCCCUCGUUUAAUUAAGGUGCAUCUUUUGGUCCUUCAGGCUUAGGUUUUGUUUUCUUUUUUUCUGCUACUUUUUCUUUUUCUUGGGGUGGGUUGGUUAGAUUUACUACUUACAUUAAAAAGAAGAAAAUUAAAAAACGAAAAAAAAAAGAUACUUGAUGAGAUGAGAUGAGAGGAGUUUGGGAUCGGAGUGAUCAUGUCAGCUGCAAGAAUAUUAGUUACUACUCUUCAGCCUGUUAGUUUUAUGUGUCAAGGUUGAGAAAUAUUGGUUAUAUUUGCGCUGAGAGGAACCUCGGAUCCUCUUCUCUCAUCGUGCCACCAUAGUGUGUUUGUUUCCUGUGGAGAUAGAUCAAAAGGGGAUCCUUUGGUGCAAGUUCUCCAUAGUUGAUCGAGAAAGUUGGUCUUUUUCAUUAUUGUAUAUAAGAUGCAAUGACAUGUCCUCUUUUUUUUUUUCUACUUUCUGAUGUAUUGUGAUUAGUUAGAUGAGGUAGGGAUUUAAUUACUUGGUAUAUGCUGAGAUAUUGGUUUUCAUUUA